GAAAAGAGGAGGAGGAGGAGGAAGAAUUCCAUCGACAGCCCUCCCUCGGAACUAUCGGAUCUCGGGAAGAAGAUAUAUCCAUCGCUGGCACCCGUCGUCUUCCUCCCCCUUCUUCCCCAUCCCAUCUUCGUCCACUCGCGAGCUCGCCAUUAAUCCCACUCCACUCGGCUCCAGGAGGGCCGGCCGGCGGCCUCCGCUCGAAGUCGAAGGUGCGACGACGUCGUUUUCCACCCGUCCCCACGUCAGCCACUCCACUCCCGGAAGGUCCCCCUCUCGCCCCCCGUUAAGAUGAUGCGGUGCGCCGUGAGGGGCGGCGGUGCUCACGUCGUCAUCGGCGAGCGGAGGUCGCCGUCGUCGUCGCCCGGCGGCAGCGGCGGAAGGAGCGUCGUGCGGAUGUCGGAGGGCCGCGGCGGGCUCUGCUGCGGCGGCGUGAGGUCGCGCGCGGCGGAUCUCGCGGGGCUCGAGAUGGGCAGGCCCAGCGCCGGCGCCGCGGGGCUCUUCCGGAGCCCGCGCUACGGCCGCGUGCGCGCCACCGCCUCAGCUGACCCCGAGGAUAUUCCAUCUGACAAGCUUCAAGCUAAAUCAUCUGGGAGUGUUCUGCCGUACGUUGGCGUUGCUUGCUUGGGGGCAAUUCUGUUUGGCUACCAUCUUGGUGUGGUCAAUGGCGCGCUUGAAUAUCUCUCGAAAGAUCUUGGGAUUGCUGAAAAUGCUGUGUUACAAGGAUGGGUGGUUAGCACAACCCUGGCUGGCGCGACAGUAGGUUCUUUUACUGGAGGGGCUUUGGCUGAUAAAUUAGGGAGAACACGGACAUUUAUCCUAGAUGCCAUCCCUCUUGCUGUAGGCGCAUUCUUGAGUGCAACAGCUCAAGAUGUCCGUACAAUGAUUAUUGGUCGAUUACUUGCUGGGAUUGGUAUUGGGAUCUCUUCCGCUCUUGUGCCGCUUUACAUAUCUGAGAUCUCACCAACUGAAAUACGUGGAGCACUUGGUACGAUUAAUCAACUUUUUAUCUGCAUUGGAAUUCUUGCAGCUUUGGUAGCUGGAUUGCCAUUAGCACAAAAUCCUGCAUGGUGGAGGACAAUGUUUGGAAUUUCAGUAGUUCCAUCUAUUUUGCUGGCUCUAGGAAUGGCUGUUUCACCUGAAAGCCCUCGCUGGCUAUUCCAGCAAGGAAAGAUUUCUCAAGCGGAAGCAGCUAUAAAAAAAUUGUAUGGGAAAGAGAAGGUUACUGAAGUUAUGUAUGACCUAAAGGCUAGUGGGCAAGGAUCUAAUGAGCCAGAUGCCAGCUGGUUUGAUCUAUUCAGCAAACGCUAUUGGAAAAUUGUGAGCGUGGGAGCGGCACUGUUUUUGUUGCAGCAACUUGCUGGCAUAAAUGCUGUUGUGUACUACUCUACAUCAGUGUUCCGCAGUGCAGGCAUUGCAUCUGAUGUUGCAGCGAGUGCUCUUGUUGGUGCUGCCAAUGUUUUUGGCACCAUGAUUGCAUCUUCACUGAUGGACAAGCAAGGGAGGAAGAGCCUUCUCAUAACAAGCUUUUCUGGAAUGGCGGCGUCGAUGUUACUCUUGUCAUUGUCCUUCACCUGGAAGGCUUUGGCACCUUAUUCUGGCACUCUUGCUGUUGUUGGCACUGUCCUGUAUGUGCUGUCAUUCGCUCUUGGAGCUGGCCCUGUUCCAGCUUUGCUCCUUCCUGAAAUAUUUGCCUCCAGAAUAAGGGCCAAGGCUGUAGCAUUAUCAAUGGGCAUGCACUGGGUAUCCAACUUCUUCAUCGGCCUGUACUUCCUGAGCGUCGUCAACAAGUUUGGAAUCAGCACCGUGUACUUGGGAUUCGCGUCCGUGUGUGCUCUCGCGGUCCUGUACAUUGCCGGGAAUGUGGUCGAGACCAAGGGGCGAUCCCUGGAAGAGAUUGAGCGGGAGCUAAGCCCGCCCAAUAAAGCCGAUGCUAAUGCUUUCUUGGUGAGUGAUCAAUGAGCACCGAGCAGAAACCAUCCUUGGACCUGGGGAUGUUGUCUCUGCCUUUUAUGAGUAGUUCCUGAAAGAGUAACUCUUCCUGAAAUAAGUGAGCCGCAAGAUCACCUGACGCCAUGCAAACCGCCUGGUGCUCAGGGUGUUGUGGCACCAGUAAAGCUCAGCUAUUUCUUGUUACAUCUCAAAAUCAAAGAGCUUAUGUGUCAUUGCUCCGGGAGGUGCAAGAUUUAGGCUGGCUGUUAGCCCUUGGAUGUCAUCGUUUUUGAGUGUACAGAUGAUCUCCUUGUAUGUGUCGGAAAUAAAACUCCGAUUUGCCGAAUUUCAAAGCGUGAUGUGUAAUUAUGCUUACCAAUUGAAAAUGCCCUAUCUCGUACUGUGUAAA